AUGAACGAAGAUGGUGUAACCUCUGCCAAUCCCAAUCUCUCUCUUCCCAAACCACCCUCGUCUCCUCCCACACCUGCUGCAAGCUCUGCUGGGGCUUCGUCGCCGGCGUUUCCUGCCAAUGGAGAUGCUCGCCGGCGCCACAAAUCCAGUGCGGAUUCGCUCGCGGUUCUCGGCGGUUCGGUGCUGCAAGGGUCGUCGGUUCCGUCAUGCCGGCCCUGGGAGCGCGGCGAUUUGCUCCACCGCCUUUCGACUUUCAAGCUCGCCGGGAAAUUGCCCAAGGUUGCUGGGUCGUUGGCUUGUGCGAAGAGAGGUUGGGUGAAUGUGGGUGUUGCGAAGAUUGAGUGUGAGAUAUGUCGUGCUCAGUUAGAUUUUGCCGUGCCUUCAGCUUUAUCUUUUGAAGCUGAUGGCUCCGGUGAAGAGUUUUCUGAACAGCUUGAUAGAGGACACAAAGUCACUUGUCCUUGGAGAGGCAAUAGCUGUCCAGAAAGCUUGGUGCAGUUCCCUCCUACUUCACCUUCAGCUCUGAUUGGAGGUUUUAAGGAUCGGUGCGAUGGACUCUUGCAAUUUUAUUCCCUCCCAAUCGUAUCUGCAUCUGCAAUUGAGCUUAUGCAGGUUACACAUAGCCCUCAAAUUGAUCGUGUACUUGCUCAAUUACAAAUACAGACAUCUGGAGAUUUGGGCUGCAAAGCUGAAAAUACAUCAGGAAUGGGCUUAACUGGAGAACAAGCUCGUCAUCCAUAUUCUUAUGCUCAAAAGCUCAUAAGUCUUUGUGGAUGGGAGCCGCGGUGGCUUCCUAAUGUGCUUGACUGCGAAGAACAGUCGGCUGAAUCUGCUAAAAAUGGUUGCAGCUCUGAUCCAGCCAAAGGCUCUGCACCAAAUCCUGCUCCAAGCAAGAAGGAGUUUUCAACUUCUUCCAGGAAAGAUACUGGGGACAAUGAUAUACUGGGUUCAGAGUUUAAUUGUGAGUCUAGGUCACCUUUGUUAGAUUGUAGUUUGUGUGGGGCCACAGUUAGAGUAUGGGAUUUCUUGACAGCCCCACGUCCAGUUCAUUUGACUCCCUGUGGGAUUGAUACCCCUCAAACAAGCAAGAAAAUAGCAUCAACUAGAGGAAUAAGUGCAGCUAGCGGUAUCAAUGAAUGGGCUGCUGCUGAUGGUGUUGAAAAAGAGAGGACUGGAGAUCGUGAUGAGGCUACAACAUCUGAUAAAAGACAACUUGUAUCCAAUAAAAGUGUAGACUUAAGUCUCAAAAUGGCUAGUGGGCCAUCCUCUUCGCCAAUAAACUUGACAUCGACCUCAGGACAUGUGCAAGAUGCUGGAGAAGGAAAAUAUUUAAUGAUCGGACGGCCUUCUGGAAGUGACAUUGGUGAUCAGGCAGCUUCUUAUGAAUCACAAGGCCCCAAUGCACGCAAACGCAAGUUGGAUGAUGGUGGAACCACUGCUGACAGGCCACAUCUAACCAUGCAACAGGCAGACAGUGUUGAAAGAACUGCAACUGACCGUGAUAAUAAUGAAGUCAUUGGUAGCCAACAAUAUUCAGCUGGCCCUUCAAAGCGUGCUCGUGAUACUAAUCUAUUGGGUACAUUCCAGUUUCCAUUAAGAAAUUCUUCUGAUGCUGUACCUAGCCAUUCAUUGGGUAUUCAAAUAGAAUUGGAUGCAAACAUCGGUAACCAGUUAAACCCAGAAAGGGAUAAUCCUGCUGGUGUCAUAUCUACCAGAGAUUCUGCUCAAGCAUCUUCUAUUAUUGCAAUGAAUACAGUUUAUCAUAGUUCAGAUGAUGAAUCAAUGGAAAGUGUUGAAAAUUUUCCUGUAAAUGCUAAUGAUGUUAAUUUCCCUUCUGUUGAUUUGAAUGAAACAUCAGAGUUAAAUAGCAGUUAUCAGGCGCAGCAGAGUGCUUGUUUCCAACCACUGUCAGAAAGGGCAGGAGGGGAGGCAGGUGUUAGCAGUUCAAAUGCUUGUGGGGAGGUUUUGAACACAGAGAUACUAACUGCACAUGCUAGAGAUGGACCUAGUUUUGGUAUUAGUGGAGGAAGUGUGGGCAUGGGUGCCAGUCAUGAGGCUGAAAUCCAUGGGACUGAUGUCUCGGUUCAUAGAGGUGAUAGUUUAGGUGACGUUGAACCAAUUGCUGAAGUUAUUGAAAAUCAGGGUCCAGCUGGUGAAUUUGAGCCUUAUCAUGGUCUUACUGGGGAUUUUGUGCCUGAGGAAAUGAGUCGGGAAGAUCCUCAAGGGGAUAGUCAAGCUGUGGUGUCUCAAUCUACAGCAAGGGCUGAUAGUGGCUCAAAAGUUAUAGCUUCAACCAAGGUUGAAUCUGUUGAAAGUGGUGAGAAGACCAGUUGUAGCAUGCAGAUGAUAGGCCUUGACAAUGGUGCCCAUCAAUCCCUUUCUUGUAAUGCUGUUGUAUGUUCUGCCUAUGAAGUAUCCAAGGAAGAAGUUACUCAGACUGGGAAGGCAUCUCACAUUGAUGAUGGUGCAUAUCAUGAAUCAGGCCAUUUAAAUGCUGAUUUUAUGGGGACUCCUUACAGAGACAACAACAAUGGAGGUGUUGAAUUUGAUCCGAUCAAAUUACAUAAUGAUCAUUGUCCUUGGGUUAAUGGGGAUGUUGCUGCUGCUGGUUGUGAUAAUCCCUCCUCCAGUUCUGGUGUGGUUAGUGUGGCUCUUUGUGGCUGGCAACUGACUUUGGAUGCCCUGGAUUCUUUCCAGUCUCUUGGACAUCUUCCCUUGCAAACUCUUGAAUCAGAGUCAGCGGCAUCCAUGUGCAAGGGUGAUCGGUUCACUUCGAGCCAGAAAUUGUUGGCACGCAACUCCUAUGUCAGAAAACAUGGAAGAAACUGA